UCUCACAGAAUCCCCCAAAGUACUCACAAGAACUUGAAUCCCUUUUUGGUAUCACAGCUUUCUUGACAUGCUGGAAGCCAUAACUUCUUGAGUCUUCCUCAUGAGGCUUGUUGGUAGAAUAAAGAAAGGACCAUGUACCCAUAGACUUUUACACACACACACACACACACACACACACACACACACAAAUACUGAACUGUAUUUGAACCUCAGAUUUGCCACCUAAUAACUUACGAUGCUUGGUAAAUUUCAUAUAGAUGUCUUGCUUUGCUUUUCCUCUGAUGCUGUUUCUGAGAUUAGGAAAAACAGAAAUACAUGCCUUUUAUCUCCACUUUUCCUUUUUGGUUUUAAGGCAGGCAGACCUCUGCUUCAGGUCUGCCCUUUAAGGAACCGUAUGGGAAUUGGCAAUUAGCACCCACAUUCUGGCGUAGUGAGGUCAUUUGCUUCUAAUUACUGAGCCCCUUCCUGGGUGUUAUGAGAUGAUGACCUUCUGAGGAUUUUGAGAAGUUGUUCCCGGUUCAUUCAGUUUCUUGCCUCUCUUCUUGGUGGAGAUGCUGAGGGUAGUACACCUGAUAUCUGUCUCUCCUCAUCUCUAGAACACAGUGUUUUAGACUUUGGGUUCUCAUAAAUCAGAGCUGGGACUUUGAGAUGAAGUUCUGUAAGCAUGCUAAUCAAGACUUAGGGAUCAUUUAUUCUAGGCUUCUUGUAUUUCAGGCAUAGACACAAGCCUAGAGAGCAGUGUCUUGUUCAAGAUGACACAGUCGGUCAGGGAUAGAGUGAAUAUCUGAAGAUAUUUCCAAGGGCAAAUGGAAAGCCCUGCAAAGGCUAAGCCCGCUGAGGCCUACUGGAACAUAAAGCUAGGAGGGUUGGGGAGGGUGAGGGAUUUGUUCUGUGAUUUCCUUCCCUGCAUCUUGUUAAGAGUGAACACCUCACCUCUGGUUGCUUUGGUUUGCUCCCACAUAUCAUUACUUAGAGUGGACCUCAGUCUGUAGUGGGUGAUCUGAAACACACCCCAGUCCUAAAUUGUAUGCUUGGGGUCGUAGGUUACCAAGUUUACAGACAACAGUCUUGUGCCUCUGUGGACACGUGAUCAGGCUAUGAAUAGAUCUGAAGUUCUGGGAGAGCCUCAGCUCUUCCCCCACCUCUCUAUUCCCAGCAGCCUGCCUGCUGGUAAUUUCCUCAGUGCUCAGACAGCUAGACAGAGAAUGGAAACAGGGCAAUCUGCCCAUCCCCUUUUAGGAGGCAAUGCAGGCCCAAGUCUCUGUGAGUAGCCUCUGGCCUCUUGGGUCUCUGCUGUAUCAGGUCCAGUGCAAGUGUUUAGCAUUUAGGAGGAAAUAAUACCCUUAUGCCCUGGGUGGGAUUUUUUUUUUUUUUUUUUUUUUUUUAAUAAACCUAUGUUGGACCCUCAGUAAAUGAAAGGCACUGUACUAGGCUCUUUACACGUGUUAUCUCUAUUUUCCUACAACCUGUGAAAUGGGUAUUUAUUACUCUUAUUUUACAGACAUUACUAAAACUCAGAAAGAUUUACUAAGUAACCUACUGUCGCACAGCUCAUUACUUGAAUCCAGGCCUUCUGACCUUCGUCCUUUCUAAAUGACAGCUUCCCUGUUUAUAACUUUCUUUAGUAAAAAUUGGGCUAGGAUAAUUUGGAUGGACUAUCCUUGGAGCCACGUGUGUUGUUGAAUGAUCCCAUAUAACUCGGAGAAAUGGGGUGAACCUGAAGGAACAGGAAGAAGGCCUGUCAGUCUGUGAGCAGCAAAGGGAGCUAAGUGGAUGGCUAUAUCAGGAUGGUACCUGCCAAGCACCCAUGUGACUUUAGUGAACCAGGUCAGACAGUGGCUGUCCUGCAGGCUACUAACCAUAUUCCUCAAUAUGGCAUUCAAGGCACUCAGAGGUGGUGUUUCUGUUUCAAAGCCCCUAUUUUACCUCUCCUUACCUUCUGUCACACAGACUGUUCUUCAUUCUAUUGUUCAUCAAAUCUGCUGUCACCUUCCACGCAUGGGCAUUUAUAGGCUCUAUCAUGAUUCUAGUCAGAAAAUAACUGUUGACCACUAGGGCUGAGCAGACAGUUUUGAAUACUCAGUCAUCCCAUAGUCAUUUUUUUAAAAAAUGUUUAUUUAUUUAUUUUGAGACAGAGAGAGAGAGAGAGCGAGCACGUGUGAGCAGUGGGGAGAAGCAGAGAGGAGAGAGAGAGAGAGUCCCAAACUGAUGGCGUGGAGCUGAUGGCAUGAAGCCUGAUGCGGGGCUUGAUUCUAUGAACCAUGAGAUCAUAACCUGAGCUGAAAUCAAGAGUCCGAUGCCUAACCAGCUGAGCCACCCAGGCGCCCCAACCCGUAGUCAUUUUGGUCUGGAGCUCUCUCAUUCAUUCUUUGAUUCAUUUGUGUAUUCAGCCAUUCUAACAUACUGGGCACUCCUUUUCCAGGUACUGUAUGAAGCCCUGGGAAUCAGUAUAAUGAAAAGACAGACAGGGUUUGGGUUCUCCUAGAGCUUACAGUGUAGCAGGGAAGGCAAAAAUGAAGCAGAUAAUUAUAAUGAAGUCUGAUGAGUGUCAUAAAGUGGAAAUAAGGGAUGUGAUGAGAGGGUACAUACUGCAAAGGAACCUAAUAUUGUUUAGAGUGUCAGGAAAGACCUCACAUUACCUGAGGAGAUGAUGUUUAAGUGAGACCUGAGGAUUGAGAAAAAUUAGCUAAGUAAAUGGGGUUAAGAAAGGUGCUUUUUAGAUGGCAGGCUGAGUAUAUGCAAAGACCUGGAAGCCAGGUGGUAGGAAAUAAGGCCAGGUUCAUGUUGCUUCAUUUAUUAAGCAACCAUUUACAGAUGAUGGGUUUUAUAUCAUGUGCACUGUGCUGGGGGCUAGGGACAUAAAAAACAAUCAGAUGGCCCCUUCCUGCCUGGAGAAAUUCAGUCAGGAGCAGUGGCAUCACUUCUUGGUAACCAGUAUGCUAAGGUCACCUUAGAUCUUGGACUCAGGCUCCUUGGUCCCAUGUGACAGGACUUAGCACCUUUAGAGAAAUGGUCUGCCCUUGAGCAUUUGGCCCAUCUGUCAAGCAGAGAGGAUAUGGACCUCAGUUGGACACUUGCAGCAUUUGCUCUCAUUCCUGGCUUCACACUCACCAGAUCCUUGAUUGAUGGGGUUCGUCUACAGACUUGAGGUUGAUGGAGGCCCAGAGAUUGACUUUUUACCCCAGCGGGAACAUAGUAGAGCCUUUCUGGCUGAGACGAAGUUGCCUUGGUUUUCAGUGCUUUUUAUCCCUCGUCUCAUACUUGUUAUUCGGAUUGAGUGGUAUCAGACCCAUCCAUUUUUUUGAAUACAUUUCUGUUGUUCUGACUUGUGGCACUGCUUAUGGACAGAAGUCUUAGGGGCAGUUUGUCUUGACUGUGCACUACAUGACUGCAGGGUGCACAACAGACUGUUGUGAAUGGGGCUGCCCCUCCCUAAUUAUGCAACAAUGCAUCCCUGUGGCUCUGGUUGAAGGGAAGUUAUUUAAACACUGACUGUGUGCCUCGGGCUAGGUGGUUGAUAUUCUUGACUUCACUUAAGAGUCUCAGUAAUGCUCUGAGAUAACAGGAGGACACUCAGGUCCCACCGCAGAGUCACUAACAUGCCAGCUGGGGACAGAGUCCAAUUGUGGUUGGAAGAAACCUUAUAUUUACCAAGCACCUAACUAUAGGUCAGACCAGAGAUGGAUACAAAUUCCAGUUCCUGUUUGGAUCUUUCAGUGUGAUGGUUGGACAAAUGAUUACAGUAAAAACAACUUGAGUUUUGCCGGAUUGACAAGCCCCUGUGCCACAGUGAGGAUGAGAAGCUCAGCUUUGAUGCAGUCCGCAGCAUCCACAAGCUGAUGGACGACGAUGCCAAUGGUGACGUGGAUGUGGAAGAAAGCGAUGAGUUCCUGAGGGAAGACCUCAAUUACCAUGAUCCGACAGUGAAACACAGCACCUUCCAUGGUGAGGAUAAGCUCAUCAGUGUGGAGGACCUGUGGAAGGCAUGGAAGUCUUCAGAAGUGUACAACUGGACCGUGGAUGAGGUGGUGCAGUGGCUGAUCACGUACGUGGAGCUGCCUCAGUAUGAAGAAACCUUCCGGAAGCUGCAGCUGAGUGGCCAUGCCAUGCCGAGGCUUGCUGUGACCAACACCACCAUGACAGGGACUGUACUAAAGAUGACAGACCGGAGCCAUCGGCAGAAGCUGCAGCUGAAGGCCCUGGAUACAGUGCUAUUUGGGCCUCCUCUCUUGACCCGCCAUAAUCACCUCAAGGACUUCAUGCUGGUGGUGUCGAUCGUUAUUGGUGUGGGUGGCUGCUGGUUUGCCUACAUCCAAAACCGUUACUCAAAGGAGCACAUGAAGAAGAUGAUGAAGGAUCUGGAGGGGUUACACAGAGCUGAGCAGAGUCUGCAUGACCUUCAGGAAAGGCUGCACAAGGCCCAAGAGGAGCACCGCACAGUGGAGGUGGAGAAGGUACAUCUGGAGAAGAAGCUGCGUGAUGAGAUCAACCUUGCCAAGCAGGAAGCCCAGCGGCUGAAGGAGCUGCGGGAGGGUACUGAGAAUGAGCGGAGCCGCCAAAAAUAUGCAGAGGAGGAGUUGGAGCAGGUUCGGGAAGCCCUGAGGAAAGCAGAGAAGGAACUGGAAUCACACAGCUCAUGGUAUGCUCCAGAGGCCCUUCAGAAGUGGCUGCAGCUGACCCACGAGGUGGAGGUGCAGUACUAUAACAUCAAGAAGCAAAAUGCUGAGAAGCAGCUGCUGGUGGCCAAGGAAGGGGCUGAGAAGAUAAAAAAGAAGAGAAACACACUCUUUGGCACCUUCCACGUGGCCCACAGCUCUUCCCUGGAUGAUGUGGAUCACAAAAUCCUCACUGCGAAGCAAGCUCUGAGUGAGGUGACGGCAGCACUGAGGGAGCGCCUGCACCGCUGGCAGCAGAUUGAGAUCCUCUGUGGCUUCCAGAUUGUCAACAAUCCUGGCAUCCACUCCCUGGUGGCUGCUCUCAACAUAGACCCCAGCUGGAUGGGCAGCACGCGCCCCAACCCUGCCCACUUCAUCAUGACCGACGACGUGGAUGACAUGGAUGAGGAGAUUGUGUCACCCUUGUCCAUGCAAUAUGCUGCCUGGCUGAUGGGGCGUAGGUUCAGUGACCGCUCUCUCUGCUCAGCAUCCGCCGGCUCGGAUGAUCAGUCCCUCUGGAAAUACCCGGCUCCCACCCUGCAGUGCAGUGUCCGGCAGCGCCUGACGGAACCACAGCACGGCCUGGGAUCUCAGAGGGAUUUGACCCUUUCCGAUUCGGAGUCCUCCCUCCACAUGAGUGACCGCCAGCGUAUGGCCCCCAAGCCUCCUCAGAUGGUCCGUGCUGCAGAUGAGGCCCUCAACGCCAUGACCUCCAAUGGCAGCCACCGGCUGAUUGAGGGGGUCCACCCCGGGUCUUUGGUGGAGAAACUGCCUGACAGCCCUGCUCUGGCCAAGAAGGCACUACUGGCGCUGAACCAUGGGCUGGACAAGGCCCACAGCCUGAUGGAGCUGAGCCCCUCAGCCCCACCUGGUGGCUCUCCACUUUUGGAUUCUUCCCGUUCUCACAGCUCCAGUUCCCCAGACCCAGACACACCAUCUCCGGUUGGGGACGGCAGAGCCCUGCAGGCUAGCCGAAAUACACGCAUUCCCCAUCUGGCUGGCAAGAAGGCUGUGGCUGAGGAGGAUAAUGGCUCCAUUGGUGAGGAGACAGACUCCAGCCCAGGCCGGAAGAAGUUUCCCCUCAAAAUCUUUAAGAAGCCUCUUAAGAAGUAGUCAGGAUGAGAGUGGCAGUGGCGGGACAGCUUGCCCUUCCCUGGUCUUCUGCCUCUCUUUCUUCCCCUUCCAAGAUCCCUGGCCCCUAGAGUGGGGCAUGGGAGGGGCUGGCCCAGGGGCCUCGGCACUGUACAUACCUGCCCCCCCCAUCCUUGGGUCCUUCAACAUUAUUUAUUAACUGACCACCAUGGCCUGCCUGCCCUGCCCUCCCACCCACGGGCUGCCGCUGCCACUCCCUCUCUACUUCAGUGCAUGUCUUAGUUGCUGUCCCCUCAGCUCCCAGCUCCACUUCUGGGGUCCAGCUUCUGUCUCUGCUGUCCCAGUUAUGAAGUUUGGUUUCUUGUUUCUCUGUGUUUCCUGCUUUCAGGCUCCUCCCUCCCACCACUCCGCAACUUCCCCUAGCAGCUUGGGGGGGGAGGGGGGGAAGAUAGGAGGAGAAACUUCUGACGUCUGUGCCUCAGACCUGUUCCACCCCAUCUACGAUGGUUCUGUUUGCCUCAGACUGGGGCGGGCCUAGGGUCUAUUGCUUGAGGUUUGUUCUUUGGGAGUGUGGUGGGCCAGAAGGAAACUUGGCCUGGAGCUCUCUUGAGCCUCUAGGGGUCCAUGGGGGAGUGGAACACAUUCCCAGAGAAUAAGCUACUAGAGAAUUUUGAAGAGAGGCCAGGCUAGGGGGUAGGUUGGGAGAGACUCCUCUUAGUUGGAGCAUGAGUAGAUGCCAGAGUUGUGGGCUAUAAGGUAGUCACCUUUUCUCUCUACUCUCACCCACACCUGCGUCUUUCUUAUCCCUGCUCCCCCCCAUACUGCAGGAGGGUUUGACUAUAAGAGGUGCUGCCCAAAUGCUCCCCCAAGCAUCAGUACUCCUGGAGCUCAGGACAAAUGGCUCCCCUGGCCAUGGGAGUCUCAGCCAUGAUACAGGGCUCAAAUGGGGCCCUGAAAUGGUUGGGCAGGAUAUUGUUGCAUUUGAACCAAAAAACAUUUUUAAAUUGAAAAAAUAAAUCUCCUGAAUUUCCCAAGUGCCUGCACCACAUACUCCCCUUGUCAGACCCCAUUUUCAUGUUACUGCAUAGCUUGGGCCAGAGGCUCAAAAAGGACACAGCUGGUUUAGGGAAGGGGGUGGCUAAGGAAGAUGUAGGUGAAGGCAGCUGUGUGACCUCUUCCCCCACUCCCUUCCCACCCUCUAGACAAGUCUCUCCCUUACCUGUUUUUGCUAUGGCUGUAAAGGUAUUUUCCUGUUGCCCCACUCCCUCCCAUGCCUUUACUCUGGGAUCCUAUUUGGGGCCUGGGGUGCAGGCACCUGGGGCUGGUCUUAGGAGGGUGCUAGGCUGCAGACUGCCUUGUACCCCCUGGGCACCCUCACAUGGGUUUUUCUGUGUUAUUUCAUAAGACUCUUUGAAGUCCAAUAAAGCAUGUAGGAGAUUUUAA